AUGAAGCUGUUAUAUGCAGUAACAGCUCUCUGCCUUUUGGCUAGCGAACGACUAGUUGAAGCUAUAGCCACACACAAUGAUAAUACCGCACAGUUCUGCUUUACAAGAUAUAGCUCCGAGAGCGUAUCUUCUAUUCCGACUACAACACAUACAUUCAAAAUUCCAUCAUAUACUAUUUCUACAUAUUAUCCUAGAGAUUUGAUAACAGUCACGCCCUCACCGACAGUAACCACAACUACUUCUUUUUUCGUGGCCACGUCUACGCAAAUUGGAGGAGCUACCCAAACUGUCACAAGCAACAUCUUUUCUACGGGCACGGUCAUUCAGACAACAACCUUGUUUGAAACAACUGAAAUUGGUUCCGCUGUCACUAUAACAGCCGCACAAUCAACUUUGACUGUCCCCACGUCUUCUGGAUUUCUUCCUCUGGCGAACGACCCUUAUGUUAUAGCCAAUGGAGGGGCUGGAGGGGUCAAAAAGAAGCGCAGAGAUAUCAGCAUCCACUCAAAGCCAACCGGCUCCAACAGCCGCCGCUAUCCCUACCAUCAUCCCCACCAAGCUGCUAACUCAGAGGUGGUUGAUUCUUCAACUUCCGAUCCUAGGGAUUCCGAUAUUGAGGCCAAGCCAAAGAGGUGGUGUACCACAACUUUGCCUCCGGAAGUCGCAACUUCCGUCAUACUAUCAACGACAACACAAGUCAUUACAUCGGCACCAUCUACCACCACAACAGUUGUUCAAAUAGAAAAUGUAACCUCAAUAAGCACCGAGAAGGAUUUGAUCACUCACAGUUCUCCAACUACAACAACCACGUUCCCACCGCAGGCUACACUAUAUGAUAUGUGUCAGGAGAACAACAUAGUAGCAACCGUGGGAGGGGCUACCAUCGACUACUCUCUGCCUAGUUAUGGCCCAUCCAGCCUUCAACUUCACUGGACAUAUAUAGCAGAUCCCUAUGUGAAACCAUAUAACUGCUGUGCUAUAUGUGCACAGUCAUCUACAUGUGUUGGAUAUUACUACAACAUAGAUACAACUGCCAAUCCUGGUCCUGCUGUGACUUGCUUCACUCACGAAGCGACGGAUGGUGUUUGUGAUCCUUCUGGAAUUCGCUAUGUCUUCCGCGCAGAUCCUAAGCGCAAAACUCUAUCUCCCGAUGUAGUAGGAAAUGGAAAUUGCGGCAAAGGACAACUUGAUACUGGGGCUAGACCGACCCUGGAUGGUAAACUUUGA